UCAAUGUAUAAAUAAAACAAAAGCAAAUAAAUAAAACAAAAAUGACUUGAGAGAUGUAACGUAAACGGCGGCUCUGGGAGAAGCUGCUGAACGCGCCGUGCGUAACAGUGCGGGGAAGCAGGUGGAUGGAGAGGCUGGCGGGAUGCGGCUUUCCGGCGGGUCGGAGCCCCGUUUGGGAGCGGCGGGACUCGGCGAGCUCUACCGCGGGACAACCCGGACGCGAUACAGUGACGAUGAAGCUUUCUGGUUUAAACAUUGACUUUGAUCUGCUUUACUUCCACUGUACCGCUGGAAUGUGAUCAUUGUGGCUCCUUGAACAUAAAAGACCCUGGUCACCCCAGUCCCCAGAUCCCCAAACUCUUAGACUACAAAGUUUCCACUUGCCUCUAGCCUUGGCUGCUGUUUCUUUACCCCAGUUUAAAACCUUAAUGAAUCCUUUUAACCUUAUUAUUAUUCAGUGAAAUCAGUGCUUUGAGGCAGUGAAGUAAAACCCAUUACCAUUCUCCUUUUAUGACUCCAGUCUUUCAUACCAACUUCAUCUUAAACCCAUAAGACCCUUCUGAUUCAAGUCUUUGAGUCAUGGCCUUGGAUGUGUGGCCCUACAUCCCACCGUCCCCCAACAUCACCAUCCCCGAGCCCCUCCUGUACGACGCCUACAACCAAGAGAAUGACUCGGACCCGAGCGGCAACUUCUCAGACACCAGAGUGCUCCAUCAGGACAAGACCAGCUCGGUCGUCCUCACCUUCAUCCACUUUAUGGUGUGCGCCGUGGGGUUAUGCGGCAACACCUUGGUGAUCUACGUGAUCCUGCGCUACGCCAAGAUGAAGACGGUGACCAACAUCUACAUCCUGAACCUGGCGGUGGCGGACGUCCUGUGCAUGAUGAGCCUGCCGUUCAUCGCCCUGCAGCUGGCGCUGGUCCGCUGGCCCUUUGGAGAGGCUCUGUGCCGGGUGAUCAUGACCGUAGAUUCUCUCAAUCAGUUCACCAGCAUCUUCUGUCUCAUGGUGAUGAGCAUUGAUCGCUACCUGGCCGUGGUUCACCCCAUUCGGUCCACCAAAUGGCGGAAGCCCCGUAUUGCCAAACUAAUCAACGUCACAGUGUGGGGCAUCUCACUGAUAGUCAACCUACCAACUAUGAUCUUCAGCGGCCUGAACCAAUUGCCGGUGUGCGGGAUAGUGUGGCCCGAGCCCCAGGACCUCUACUACAAGAUCUUCAUUUUCUAUACCUUCUCCAUUGGAUUUUUCAUGCCACUAGCAGUGAUAUGUCUGUGCUACCUGCUCAUAAUAAUCAAGGUGAAAUCGUCCGGAAUACGAGUGUGUUCCUCCAAGCGGAAGCGUUCCGAGCGCAAGGUGACGCGGAUGGUGUCCAUUGUGGUCGUGGUGUUCGUCCUCUGCUGGCUGCCUUUCUACAUUUUCAACGUCACCUCCGUCACCAGCUCCAUAACGCCCACCUCAGCAGUGAAGACUUCGUUCGACUUCGUGGUGGCGCUGGGCUACGCCAACAGCUGCGCCAACCCCAUCCUGUACGCCUUCCUGUCCGACAACUUCAAGAAGAGCUUUCAGAAUGUUCUGUGCCUGAAGAAGGUGGCAGGCCUGGACGAGAUAGAGCGCAGCGACAGCCGGGCGGACCGGAGCCGGAUGGUUAACGAAGCCAUGCUCGUCAACGCCAACCUGGAGACCCAUAACUCCGCCCUGCUCAACGGCGAGCUGCAGACGAGCAUCUGAUUGGCGAGGGAGCGGUGACGACGUCCAAGGAGGCGAAGAAAGCAAUGGGGCUGCUGCCCGUUCAGAUCGCAAGGCCAUGACAAUGAUGCAACGGCAGCUCAUGGACCCAUGAGCAAAGUCUGAGAGAAAAAUAAACAGUUUCUUGAGGGGUUCGUAGAGUUCACAGAAAGUGCACUGGCUCCAUUUAUAGACUCCUGACGAUGGGGUAAAUGAGGGAACCUGUUUACCUUCAAAUUGACCGAGAGUAUGAGAGAUUUAUUUUGGUUGAAAUGAGUGCUUGUGGUGCCUGUCAGUUUCACUCUUCAAAGAUCCAAGCAAGCGGUAAGAUGAGAUAGACCGCUGCGGACAUGGAGUGAAGAAAUACAAGAGCAACAUUGCCCUGUAUCGGCUGGAGAGUAGUCCGAAUUAGAUCGACAACCUCUAUUGAAUCACCUUCGCAAAGACAGAAACAACAAAGGAAUACUCAUAUUUUCUGUAGCCUUUUAGUUGCAAGAGACUGAAACCGCCGCCACAGACAACAAGUGUAACUGUAUAUUUUAUUCACGUCAGCUUAUUAGUUUGGUUGCUUAUAACCGAAAGGGGGAACAAAGAGGUAUCCUUUUAUCUACUGAUGGAUUCUGUUCUCGUUUGUCUGGCUUUUAUCUUCACGGAAGGAGUAGCGGCGACCCAUAAGCACCAAUUCAACAUCUCGGAUUAAUGAUCAAGGAUGGGAAAUCACAGUCUAACCUUGCUUCUCCAAAACAACUUGACUUUGUACAUAGCAAACAGAUUUCGAGGAAACUUUGCAACAAAGGGAUUGCUUCAUGUGUGUCAAGAAUUUAAUGGAUUUUGAUGGCAAGGCAAACUUCUACAUAUUCUUGCCAACCGAAGUCGGUGAUAUGUACAGUACAGGUCUACUUGAUCCUGACUUUUACCGGAGUCAUCACUUGCACCGCUGCAAAGGGUCCUACAUCUAUUUGUACAGUGUUGUGUUUUGACAAGCUCGCUGCUUUGUGGUAAAACGUGACCCUCUGACUCCCGUUUGGUUUGGUCAGCCUAUGUAUGAGAGGGUGGCCAAAUAUCCCAGAAGGCAGAAAAAUGCGUCACGCGUUUGAACAAGGGGGAGAGAAACAAUGAAACACACGCAGAGUAGGACAAAGGGAGGAAUACGUGCGUGAUGAAGAUAAAGUUUAAAAAGGCUGUGGUGGGAUGUAUGAAUCAAAGAGAAUAGCAGAAAGUAAGGUCCUUGAAUAUGUGGGUGAGUGAGUAAGGCUGGAUAAAAAACAGAGCUGCUAGCUCUUGAAUAAGCGUGAAGAACAAGCAUUAUGUAACACAUACAUACAUACAUACAUACAUACAUACAUACACACAUACAUACAUACAUACAUUCAUUUCAAUACGUUAGAAUAUUAUUGGAAAGUUAAUUUAUUCCAAAGUCAAAAGACAAAUCCAUAUAUAAAUUGAUCAAUUUUGAUAAUUUAUGGCUUACAGCUAAAGAAAACCCCAGAUUUUGUUGUUCAAAAAAUAAAUAUGAGACAUAUUAUAUAAAACCAUAAGUACUUUAGGGAAAGGGGCUCCCCUGAAUGAAUGAAUCUAUCAGUAUGGCAUGGUAUGGAAGUAAUGGCUCCUUUUAGAUCUUAAGAAAGGCAAGGCCGCCUUACGGGUGUUUUCACACCUGAUGGAAGGUAGGCUCUAUUUGCAGUAGUUCUCCUAGAGCCAUCUGAUUUGUGUGGUUCAGGAAUGAUUUGACAUGAGAGAUAUGACUUGUACUCCAUAUCCUAGGUACAUCCUUAUGUGUCAGCUCCUGAAGCUCUGAAUCCAUCCACAAAUGUCUUUAAGCUUUGCUUUACAGUCCCCUAAAGGCAGUGUGUACAUCUGUCUUUCACAGAUUUCCUCUCCACUCAAAACGCCGUUGACAUGCUUGUUUAGAAUACUCUGCCAGGUUGUUUACCUUUUGAGGCUCCCUGUAAAGGGCAUCGAUGACUUUCAGCUUCACAUCAGUCAAGUCAGCAGUCUCUCGCACGAUAGUGAAGGCGUUUGCGCCACAUUAUUUUGCUAAAGAUCAUUUUCUUGCUUUCAUAACUUGAUAUUUUCAUAUCGAGUUUUCAUCAGGUGUAAACCAUAAUCAACAAAAUUAACAGAAUCAAACUUGACUUGAGGUUUUUUUAGCACUCUGAGUUUAAUGUAAUGUAUUUGACUUUCUUAAAUUGGCAUUAACAUUUUAGUAUUCGGAAUCAUUCAAUUGUCCCUGUACAUUCUGGGUGCUGCCUGUCUGGUGAUUAGCAUUGCCUCCAUACGCCGUUUCCUCUAUUGCACCUCAUUAGUCUCGGUAUUCUGUUUUUCAUUUGUCACAAAACCCAGAAAAUAUUUGCAUACAUUACCCUUGGGGUAAACGUGACCCUCAACAAAAGAAAGAGUGCGAAUGAGAGGAUUUCUACACAAUUGGAAUGAGUCAUCCAAGAUGGCCGGAGGUGAGCAGAACCGAACUGUAAUCCUGGAAGGUUCAAGGUGACGAUGAGAAGGAUUGAUCCUACAAAAUCCGUGUCGCACUCAAACAUGAGUGUGCAAUCCUGAGCGUGGUUGGAUGCCCAACUGGAAAUGAGCAGAAAGAAAUGUGAAUAGAGUUAAUAUAGUGGAAAACAAUAUGUACACAUAAAAAUGAUAUGCCACUUGAUCCGAAGCAAGAAAAGCAGAUGCAAAAGUUUCAGCUGUUUCCAUAGGAUGUCAGUUAUAUCUUCACUCUUCGCCAACAAAUUCAAUAUCAGUGUCUUGUACUAAAAAUCAAGACAUAAAUGGUUUCUAUUGUAGAAGUUUGUCACGGUAUCAACUAUCAAAGACGCCUUUAAAACAGAAGGUAGUUCUCUCUACAUCAGCUGAUUUUAGUCAUGGUGGUUCCGGUUGAUUCUACAGUAUGCAUUCUCAUUAGAACAUGAGAUUAGCUAUCAUUACACAAGUGCCCCCAAGCCAAGGUUUGUUUUGUACAUACUUGUUGUUAGAAUUGAAUAAUCCGCCAGUCUUAGCUGGAAUUGGGUCAUUGGUUCCAGAGGGAACCAAUGGUUGUGUAGAGUUACAGUUUAUUCCAAAAUUGUUUAUACUGCUUUUUAUUUAUUAAUUCAACCAAGUUUGUUUGACAAGAAAUGACACAGGCCUUUCUCAAACGAUAAAAUAAUUAUUACUUCUGAACAAAUAUAAAACAUUUUAAUUGCAUUAGUGCAGUCAAACCCUUCUUGUAACUGUUUUUCUUUUUAUGUCCUCAGUGGUAUUUUUUUUCUUGGUUUAUUUAUUUAGUGUUGAGCACCAAGUCCUUGAGGCUGGAAGGCCUCCUUGAAAUCACCCUGAUCUUUAGCUCUGUCCACAGAUUCUGUCAGUCAGAUGUUGGUACUUUGGCCACUACAAAAAGCUAACAUGGCCUAAUCCACACCAACAUCUGCUGCCACUGCCAAACAGUUUAAAAAGCUAAUAUAUUCUUGUAUAAUUACAACUAGUUUAUUGUUAGCAUAUCAAUUAUUUCUUCACUUUUACAUACUAAAUUCAGCAGUGAACUUGAUCCAUUUGCUCUAUUUGUCUAUCUGGGGUUGGGCGAUAAUCUCCCUUAAAAAAAAGAGAGAAAAGAAACGAAGAACAACUGAGGUCAUGUGUCAGGUUGACUUGACAAAAAUGCUACUUGAGCAACACAAAACAUUACGGUUCUAUAAAAAUCGUCAGACCACCAGCUAAUAAUGUUAACAGCUAGCCAAACGGACCACCUGUCUUAGCAGAUUGUAGCUACUUCAAACAACUGGAAUUGAAGAUAUAAGCCUGCUACAAAACUUGGAAUAAAAGUCACUUUACUCUUGGAGGACUGACGAAUCGCAGCUAAUGAGGCAGAGUUAUGAAACGUUUGUGCUACUACGCUAACUAUAGUUCCACAAAACUCACUUAGCUGACAAAACAGCGACAAACUUAACUGCAUAAUUGUGAAAGUCUAGAUUAUUAAUCUGCUCUACAGAUUUGUAUUCCAUAAAUGUAGACAUUUUCAGUGUCUAGACUUGUUUUUAAAUUGGGAAACCCAUUUGACUAACCAUUAGCCUUCCUUCUCUCUGGGGAUUUAUCAGCAUUUUUACAAACUCACUGCUAUAUGAGUCCUAUGUGGUCCAUAUAGUUGAACCCCUACUGAUAGUUUAAUUUAAAUUGACUUUUGAUUAAAAAGGCUGAAGGAGUCCUAUGACAUACCGGCAUUCAGCUGGCCUACAUGUAAGCCGAGAAAACAAAAUUCAGUUUGCCCUUUUGACAUUUGCCUUAGUUUUAUUUCCUAUGCAUCUCAUUCUGCAGAGUAUAAUAAGUUAGAGGCAAUUAUUAGAAUGUUUGAGACAUCCUAGGGUUUAUGUAUUAGACUUAACAUAUAUGCUAAAGAAUGCUAGUGCAUUUAUGAGUGUUAGCAGUGAGCUCAGAACAAAAAUUAGACAACUUCUUAGCCUGGUUAGGUUUACAGCUAAGCUAAAAUUUUACACUAUACCACUAUCUCCUACGCCUCAUAUUUAUUCCCAUUUUCAUUUUGAAGUCGAGAUGUUUCAUCCAUAAAUCUUGACUCACGGCUGCUUAAAUUCGGCACAUUUUUAAUUUGAGUUAAAAAUAAUUCUGGAUUACUACGUGAUUACAACCUUACAGAAAAAGAUGUGUAUAAAGGUACACAGGUUUUUUUUUUUUGGUAUUCUGUGCACAGCAUACAUUAUACAGAACUGGGCUGAGAUUACAUAACAGGGAGCGGAACCUUUUUCCGGAUUUUUUUUUAGUUGCUUUUUACCGCGAGCAAUCCUCUUAAUAGUUAAUUUGGUCUACAUCCGUAGCAGUUGUUAGACCUUUCCCUAAAAUAAUCAAGUUUUAAUUGAGCCACAAUUGUAGCUGGAAAAUUAUAUCUGCUCAGCAGGGGAAGAUUCAUCAAAAGAUUAAAAAAAUAAUUGAAAUUCUUUGUUGUUUAACGCUUCAUUCAUGUUGACAGAAUGAGUCCACGAACCAAGCAUACACAUACAGGGUGAUUUUUUUUCUUUCUUUUUCCAAUCGUUGGGGUGGAGACGCUUCCCAAAAGCACCUCAAUGAUGGUGUCACAGCUGGGUGGCUGAGAGAUUUGUCAGAUGUCUCAGACGCCAGCAGCAACAAAGUCGUUAACCAUAUGCUUCGCAAAUAAAUCCUCUCAGAAACCAUCGACCUGUGUGAUCAGAACAGAUAAGAAGCACAGAUACGUUUCUUUCUGCAUUUAUAUUCAUUAAUUCUCUCUAUUUCUUUUACAUUACACCAACAAACCUAAUAAGCUGAAUGGGGAUUUCUGUGAUAAGCCAACAGAAAUAGCACAUAGAUGUAAAAUGGAAGGAAAAUGUUGAUUUUCUUUUUUUGUUUUCACAAAUAAACAUCUGAAAAGUGUGGUGUGCAUUUUUAUUCAACCCUCCUUUGUAGAGGUACUGAGCAGAACCACCUUUUCUGGAUUUGCAGCUCCAAUCUCAAAGUUUCCCAACCAUUAUUUGAGGAACAGCUCUAGCUCAGUCAAAUCAAAUGUAAAGCAAAGGCUGAACAUUUGCAAAGGCUGAACAUUUGCUUAAAAUUUAAGACUUAAAUUUUAAGUCAAAAUUUAGGAUUUUGACUUAAAUUCAGCUAUGGGCUUUGACUUGACUGUUCUAAUACAUUAAUAUGAAUGACCUAAACCAGUCCAAAGUAUCUCUGAAUGUUGGUUUGUACCUUUGUACCUGUCUCAAGUCUUUUACCAUCAAUCUUUCUAUCAACUAAAAAGAAUCUCACCACAUCAUGAUGCUGGCAUGUCACUCAGGAAGUUACAUUUUGACCUCAUCUGACCAGAAUACACAUUUUUGUAAUGUUCCAUACGAGGCUUGGGGCAAACUGUAACCCCAAAUUUGUUUCAAACCGCUUCAGGUUUUCUUUUGUCUAGUGUGGUGCACUAAUGCCUAAUGACGCAAAUUUUACACAAUUCCUCUCCUGCCAUCUAAUUAUGCCUAAUUUCCCUAAAUUACAUACCAAAUACCUAUAUUUCUUUCAGUUAUACAUGGUAUAUUCAAACAAUUUCCACUAAAUGCAGCAUCUGGUUGGCAGCAAAAACAGUGGUAAUGUAUUUUUUAUAUAACUGUAAGUAAAUUCAGGCAAGCAUGGCAUUUAUGGAGGAAUGGAAAUUCCUUAAUGAAUUAAUUCCUGAAUGAAUUUGUGGCUUUUCUUCCACUCCAUGUGGAAAAAAGCCACAUUGUUGAAGGUUGGCUCUUUCCAUUUUUGAACAUAAAUCUGUGGGAUGUUCAGUUUUGAACAUCCGACUGUUUGAACUGUAGGGUGCAAAGAGUGGGAUGUGGGAUGUUUGAACAUCCCACAGUUUAUAAAUUUACCCUGGCUUUUCUUCGGCGGUAACAGAGUGAAGGGGGCUGAAUAGAAAUUCACAUCACAAUUCAGGUUUUAAGUCAUAACAUUUUUCCGUGUGAAGGUUUUGUGUUUUUCUGUGUAUCCCAGUGAACGUGAUAGAAAGUUUAUAAAAACCCACAAUCAGUAAUUAAACAUAUCUUUUUCUUUUUUUUUUUGAUUUUUCUGCACUGAUGAACUCUGGGUUUCUUUCAGUUUCUCUUAUAGUCAGUAUUUUAGCUUCCUCAGUGUUACAGUGCAGAAUUCUCCAUCAUGUACUUGGCUUCUUCUUUCAUUUGUAAGUACAACUGAUAAGGUGACCUUAUACACUAUUCACUGUGUGAAAUAUUAAUCAUACAGGUGAGAAAACAAAGGAUGCGAUUCAUACAUCUCCACCCGCCAUGUAGAUGAUGUAUAAAAAUGGAGCCUUUAGCUGUUUAACAGAUGUUGAUAAAAGAGAGUUUGUGCCAAAGCCAGCGCAAAUGUAGCGCUAAAAGCACCAAUGGCUGCAAUGGGGAAGUCUUUACUAGCUGCUUUCUUUAUCAUGUUGUGAAACCAAAACUUUUGUUUUCCACCCUCAACAUUAUGUUCUGUAGAAACACUAUUAGGAUCAGGUAGGUUAGGAUUCACCAAACGUUUUGAGUGAGAUGGAUACACAAUCACCAAAUGUAAAAAAAAAAAAAGACUAAAAAAAAAGAUUUGUCCAGGUUUAUGUCCUGCAAAUGUAUAUUGUACAGAUGAGAGGAGGUUUUUCCCAGGUGAACAUAAGUUAAUUUGUGAAGGGCUAUUCCAUGCACUCCAGAGGAUGCAUCGUUCAGUAUAAACUGUGUAUUUGUCCUAUCAUCUGCUUGACCUUGCAUGGAGGAAGGCUGGUUACCGCUACCGUCCGUUUCAACUCUCCAAUUGAGAGCGGAGUUACACACAUUACCUUUCAACAGGGAUUCUCUCUCAGAAAGUGUGGAGUUCUGUAAAAGUUCAGGACAUUUGAACUCUUAAAAUCUUUCCUGUAAUAGAACAGAAUUUCUUGGCUCCUUCAUGUAAGCCCAGAUUAGUUGAUUGCAGAGGCUAAAGCUAACGGCUAGUCCAGUGUAAAACAAGGCCAUAGCGGUAGGGGCAAAUUCUAUUUACAUAGAAGCUGAUUUUUACCACAGGAAAUGGAGGUUGGCUGCUGUGCGCCACCAAUAAUCCGCCUGUCUGAAACAAGUACUGAAAGCGUGAGCGGACCAUUCCAAGUGUUUCAGGUCAAAACAAACAGCUUUUAAUUACAUUAUUAUAUUAACAGUAAUACUUUUUUUUUUGGCUUUAUUUUUGUAUCAGACUGGACUGAAUGAUUUACAUGUUUUAAGUGUUUCACACUGGAAGGGCUUCGGAGGUGGACAUCCUCCAAGCUCCAUUUUCCAAGAAAAUAAACUUUGUCAGUUGCUGCUGACAAAGUUGGAAUGGAAGGGAAACCCAACAACUUUCCAUGGCGAACAUCACAAUUCACGAAACAUAGUGUUCACAGGAACGAUAUUUGUUGUUGUUUUCGAGAUCGGAGAAGGUAGAAUUAUAUUCUUUUACCUUCAGCCUCUGGAACCACAGAAUUUGGAUUUGUACUAAAUGAAGACUCAAGUUUUUUGUUUGUUUGGUUUUUUUUUAACUGCAGGAAAGAUGUUAAUGGAUUUUACCUUUUAAACACAACUCCACCUCAAACGUCCUGACCUGUCACUUGAGCCAUUGCCUCGCAUUUUAGAACUGGUACAAUCUUGUAGCUUUUAAAACAACAACCUUCAGCAUCAGGCGAGUGGCUCCAGAGUGUUUGUUUCCAGUGGUGUACAGCUGUGGAUAUGUACUUUUUUAAUCGUGCUGUUACUUUUUUUUCUAUGUGCCUUGACACUUCAUACUGUCUAAAACUCAUGUGAUGACGGCAUUGCAGAGCGGACUUUUCCUCAAAAAAAUCUAACCGACCAAAGGUCUUUGUACUCUACAGACAGGUUGGCAAUGUAACCGUAACAGAGAACGGAUAUCUCCUUUUGUUAAUAUUAUAUACCCAGCUUACACUUAUGUUUGUCAAAAAGCCGAUGUUUAUUUGUGACUCUUUAUUGUCCCAUAUGGUAUAUUAUAAUGUGAUCAACGAUUGUAACGGACGGGUCAAUGUUCUUGUCUCUGCAAUUAAAACGCAGCCCAUGGUCUAGCUAGCGUGUUUGUGCA